AAAAAACUCAACGCUAUAUAAGGAGGGUUCGAGGGUUUUAGCGCUCUCUAUCAAUAAGCGUUUUAGGGUUUUGGCGCGGUGAUUUCUCCUUGUCGAAAAUUUCCAGGUUGACGGCUUACUUUUGUUACGAUGUAUCUUCAGUUCUAUAUAAAUGAAAACGGAGAUAAAGUUUACACCACCAAGAAAGAAUCACCGCUUGGGAUAGCAACACAGUCUGCUCAUCCAGCUCGCUUCUCGCCGGAUGACAAGUACUCAAGGCAGAGAGUGCUCCUGAAGAAGCGAUUUGGAUUGCUGCCGAUCCAGAAACCACCACCCAAGUACUGAAAAUCCCAAAGCUUGCACUGUUCGAACUUCUCUUUGGCAUUUUCAGAUCAGUUGCCAUGUCAAAUCGGGUUUCAUAUAUGAUUUUUGUUCUUUACACCAUGCAAGUUCUUAGGUCUGCGUUGUAUUCCGAAAGCAUUUCCACCAAUGUAUUAAGUGGAGCUUAGUAUUUACACAAGCCUUCAAUCACUCUGCCUAAUGAAAGAUCAUUGGAUUUGA